UCUUGUGAAACAAUGCAAAAUGAAGACACAGAGUGUGGAAAAAAAAGUGAGCCCUGCAGCAGCCUUCGCUCACACUCGAGCUACUCCCAAUUUUUGGCGUCAAGUUGGACGAACUUGAAGGCCAGGUUUGAAAGUUGGAUUUGGAGGCACGCCAGAAGUUGCAUCGAAUGGCCGUCGAAUUCGGCUUUAAAAGGACGCAGCCUGCGAAAUUUGGACACAUCCAAAGUCUUUUAUUUUGAAAAGGAUGAGCUAUUUUAUUUAGAAAGUGCAGGAAGCGUUGCUGACGUCCUGUGCGGUUUUUUUUGGAAGAGGACAUGGGCAAGGUGUACUCGCAGCCAGCCUGUCAGUUUGCGUACGACAGUGACAUCCAGCAGCUUUUCUCCCUGGUGGACCGCGACCCGAGCAGCAUCAACGCCCGGGAUGACGUCACCGGGGACACGCCCAUCAUCGCCGCGUGCCGCGGUGCCAAGCUGGACGCGGUCACGUUCCUGUUGGAGCGCCACGCGGACGUGCGCGCGCUCAACAAGAAGCAUCGCACGUGUCUUCACUACGUGGCCAAGCAGAACUUUUCUCUUCUGGACCACCUCAUCAUCCUCCUCCUCAUGCCCAUCCUCCUCCUGGGAUACUUCCUCUUGUUACAGAAGCAGAGGCGCAACGAGGCUCUGAUGAAGGAAGUUCUGGACAGCGACGUGGACGUCAACGCAGCCGAUUAUAAAGGCAACACAGCUCUUCACUACGUUUGUCUGAGGAAACGACACCAUUUAGUUCCUCUGUUGCUCCUCCGAGAUGCCGACCCCUACGCCAAGAAUCACGACGGCGAGUCGCCGCUGGACAUAGCCGUGAGGUUAAAGUUCACCAAGGUGGUGAGGCUGCUGAGGAAGACGCUGUGACGCAAUCUGGGCUAGAGGGUGGAUUUGGCGCUACCUUGUGGCCUGAGGCGAUAACAGCAGACAUGUGAUUUUCUUUCCAUUUUGGUCGUUGUCAAACUACUCAUUGGCUGAAUUCUGAUUUGAAUUUCACCAUCUUCUUCAAAGGUUUUUCAAAUUCUUGUUUCUUUGGCCAGUUCGAUCUCAUUCUCAUCCACGUGGGCCAGCUCGAAGUACAAACUGGUUGCGUGGAUAUUUUAUCGAAAGUUGUGAUCACCAAUGUACAGCAUACAUUUUCUUUUCAAAUGUAUUUAUUAAAUCAAUCAAUGAUGUGAAAUGUAA